AUAACAUAUACAUUAAUAAACAUUUAUUCGUAACCCUCUGCAAAUGGUUAGGGUUGAGUGAAAAUCAUUGGAACCAGGAAGUGAAUUAAGUGCCAGGCGAACUAGCCAUUUGACUGAAGAUUGCAGUGUGUUCCGUGAUCAACGACUGGCAAGAUGGGUGAACUUGACCUGGUGUUCGCCAUUGACUGCACGUCCAGCAUGGACCCCUACAUCACUGAGGCCCGCGACAACGUCAUUGGCAUUAUCAACGCGCUCGUUUCGUUGGGUUGCGACCUCCAUAUGGCUUUAGUGGAGUACAGGGACCAUCCGCUAUGCGAGCCUACCUUUGUGACACAGACGCACGACUUUACUACCAUACCUGGGGAAAUGAAGAAUUGGCUCCAAAUGGCGACGGCAGCUGGAGGCGGCGACGUACCUGAAGCUGUAGCUGAUGCCUUGCAGGCAGUACUUUACCUCAGUUGGCGGGAGAAGGCGACAAAGGUGUGCGUGUUUAUAACAGAUGCACCACCACACGGACUAGGCACCUAUGGUGAUAAGUUACCGGACGGAUGUCCGGAUGGUCUGGACCCGAUGGAGAUUUGCCGCCAGCUCGCCACUAAGGGGGUGAGCGUAUACAUCGCCGGAUGUGAACCGAGCAUAUGCGCAUAUAAGGACUUCUAUCUGUCUGUGGCGCACAUGACAGGCGGCCAGUACGUGCCUUUGGACCACGCAAAGUCUCUUGUAAACGUGAUCAUAUAUGGGGCAACGGAAGAAAUGUCGCUUACAAAUUUGGCCAAUGAGACUGAGGCGCUAAUCGAGAAGAGGAUUGAAGAUGGCGAGCCAAUAAAUGAGAUGGAGCUUUCUAUGUUUCUGCAAACAAAAUGGCAACAACAGGGUGUGACCACUCAACAGCUACAAAAGGGAAAGAAGGAAUUGAAGACGGCCAUGGCGUCUAAGGCUGCCAUGAAGAUGACCAGAAUGGACUUCAGUGACGUACAAACACACUAUAAAACCGCAAAACCAAAGCACAAGUGGAAGGUGGGGGAAACUCCAGAAUCCAAGCAAAGGGCGGAGAUUGAUGCCAAACUUGCAGCGCUGUCGCAGCUUCCUACCAAAACUAAUCUUGCCACUGGUGGUAGAACCACGCUGAGUGUGGGAGGCUUGGCAGAAGCGCUGAGGGAGGCUGAGGCUGACACACAGGCCAUCGACGCGGGGCCCAGCGACUUUAGGUGUAUCCAGGGUGGUGUCACUCUCACACAAACGUCGAGGAUUGUUCAGAAGUCUGUGAUAAAGAUGUCAAGGCUACGAGCAUCCAUUGCUAAGCCUUGAAUACAGUAACACGAAACAACUUGUCAAGAGAUGUUUUAGUUUUGGGUUGUGUUGUCCAUAUAAUCAGUUUUCUACAAGUACUAGUCUCAUACAGAUAUUAUUUAUCUACAGUAAAACCAACGUAAAAUGGAUAUGAGUUUCUUACAUUACAAACUACGUAAAAAGGGAUAUUAGUUUUCUACAGUACAAACUACUUAAUAUGGAUCGAGUUUCCUACAGUACUGAUCUCAGAUUUAUUUGUGUUUUUCGUGAACAUGGAGAGUGGACCAUUUCGAUAUGCCAUUAAAUUGUCGUAGUUUUCACGAACUUACAACUUAAUUACAUGUUGUGUGUUGUUCGUCAACUUUAAGCGGUUUUAAAUAGUUUCUGACAUGGUCCGCUUAUACCGUGAUCGCAAAAACUUAAAUACCCGUUUUUGAUUUCAUUGUAUCUCUUAAUAAUAUGUAGCCUGUACCAAAUACUUAUUCAGUAAAUUCUUGAACAAGUGUAUAUAUAAAAUAAUCGAAACAUGAUAAACAGCAAAUGUACUACACUGUAAUAAUAUAUUCUUGAAUUUGUUAACAAAUGUAUAAAAAAUCGAAACAUGAUAAACAGUAUAUGUACUACACUGUAAUGAUAUAUUCUUAAGUUUUAAACAAAUGUUUAAAUUAUUCUAUGCAGAAACAUGAUAAUAAAAGUCGAGAAACCCUCGACAUUCGUA